AUGCGCGAGCGCGUUACGUGCAGAGUGCUGGCUGGCACCACCAGGACGAAGGCCGGCAGCAGGGCCACGACGGAGCUCGCCGUGCUGGACGCGCUGCGCAGCGCCAAGGGGCGCGGCAAGGAGGGCCUCAGCGAGGAGGCGCUGCAGCAGCUCAGCCUCGCGAUAUCCGUCCUGGAGCAGGACGGCGGCGUUGCAGAUCCCACCACGCUUGAUGCCAUCGACGGCAAGUGGCGGCUGCUGUACACCUCGCGCCCCGGCUCGGCCUCGCCCAUCCAGCGCACCUUCACUGGCGUGGAGGCGUUCAAGAUCUACCAGGAGGUGGAUCUGAGCUCUGACCUGCCGCGCGUCAACAACGUCGUCGAUUUUGGGGAGGAGAUCGGCUACCUCAUCGUGCAGGCCAAGGCAAGCACAGAGUCGCGGCCGCUGGAGGGGUUCACCCCCAGGGUGGGUGAGGGGCUGCCCUUUGGCAUCCUGGGGAAGAGCUUCAACACGCCACCGGCGCGCCCCAACUCGCGGAUCGACUUCCAGUUUGACCAGGCCGCGUUCCACUUCAAGUUCCUCCCCUUCUCAAUCCCCUACCCCGUGCCCUUCCGCAUCCUCGGAGACGAGCGCAAGGCGCGUCCCCCCUCUCCCGGCUGGAUCGACACCACAUACAUGAACCAGGACGGCACCUUCCGCCUGGCGCGCGGGAACAAGGGCACCCUCUUCGUGCUGGUGAAGGCCCCCCAGGAGGGCGUCAGCCUGGAGUCCCAGCUGCUCUCAGCCAUCGAGGCGAAGGAGGACGAGCUGGUGCUCUCGUUGGUGGGCCUCAUACAGUCAGAGAACCCCACACCACAGCCAGCGCAGUCGGACAGGGUCGGCGGCACGUGGCGGCUGGUGUGGUCGCAGCAGGCAGAAAACGCGUCGCCCCUGCAGAAGUGGUGGGUCGCGCCGGGGGAGGGCGGGCGGUGUGGGGGCGCCUCGCUGCGUCACGGUGGGGGCUCCCAGCAGGCGCGCUCGCUCCAGAUCAUCGAUGCGUCCGAGGGAACCUUGGAAAACGUCGUUGACCUCGGGGCGCUCCAGAUCCGCGCGCAGGCGACCUGCGCCGCAGAGGGCGACGCGCGGACGGACGUCAACAUUGGGGGGGCGUUCUUGUCGGUGCUGGGCGGCAAGCUGCGGGUGCCGCUGCCUAUCAAAGGGACGGGCUUUGUCGACUGGCUGUACCUGAGCGAUGACGUCAGGGUGACGCGCGGCAGCAAGGGGUCGCUGUUUGUGCAUGUGCGGGAGCCGGAGGCGGAGGCGGAGGUGGCAUGA